CCUUCCUUUCUCUCUCUCUCAAAGCAGUCGCCACCACAGCCACCGUUCUCUUCUGUUACUCACUCUCACCAGCUUUUUAAAGCUGUUAUUGUCGUUUCCUUGGAUUUCAUUCUCGUUUCGUGUUAUUCCCAUUUCAAUUUCCCAAUGUUGAAGUUCCUAUCGAAAGUGAGAAUCGAAUUCAAUGCUUUGGACCCUCGCACUGCCUCCUGCUUGGAGUUUCUUGCUCAGUGCAAUGCCCGCAAGGCCAAGGAAUCAAACCCUGCUUGUCAACUCCUCGUCAAGCGCCGCACCGACGACGAGCCACCCAAGAUCGCCGUAACGUUCGUGAAUGGUGUGGAGGAGGUGUUUGAUGCCACUUCCACGCCUGCCCAGAACAUCAGGAACAUGAUUCUUGAAAAGGGUCAGCAUCUCGAGACUGAGCAGAUGUUCCGGGAAGCAGGGGAGUCUUGGCCUGUUAUCAUUCCUGAGGAAGAGAUCAAUCAGUACUUCCCGGGAACAAAGCCAAGGAAAGCAGAAGAAAAGAAGCAAUAAUUGUAGUUUUGGGAUGAUGAGAAUUGAGAAGAGACAGGUCUGGUCUGGUAUGAUAUUAGUCAAUGAGAUUAGAUUAUAUUAUGUUUCAUUCUUGUAUUGUUGUUUGACUUCAAUGCCAAAGCAACCUUGUUCCCUUUUCAAGUUAUAGACAAAUAAAACUGAUUGAAUUUGAAAGACAAAACAAAAGAGUUGAAUUUCCUCUUCCACUUCUAGAGAUUGACAAAUUUUCUGCUUGUGGGAAUAUAUGUACUUGAAAACAAAGUUUACAUAUUCAUUUUAUCAGCAAAUUAAUUGUCACCCAGAA